AUGCCGUCCAUGAAGCAUGAAGAUAAUACAGACUGCGAAUCAGCCCUUCUAAGACACAAUCACGACUCCUUCCUUGCACGUCUCCGCCCUAAUAAUUCUGCCACGGUCCCACCUUCUAUCCGCCCCGCGGUGCGAGGCCCCUCGGCCUGCAGGUGGCCAGAGGGAAGCAGGAGGCAGAUCCCCCACCUACGCCGGCCCGGCCUGGGCCCCAGCGCUGGGUGCGGCGGAGCCCUGGGCUCCUGCGGGGACGAGUGUGGUCCCGGGACGCGCGGUGCAGCCAGGUGCGCAGGCGGCAGUGGCAGCCGCGGCGCCCCGCGUCGCACGUGGCAACAGGUGCAGCGCUGUCCCGGCCUGGCGCCGCGGGGCGUGGGGUACGGCCUCGCACGUCAUUCAGGUUCCCGGGACGGCCGCUCCCUGGGGCGGCGGCUGGCCUUGGUCUCCCGCCGCGAGCCGCUGGAGGGGAGCCUUCGGAGGGAGCCGCCGCGGGUUGGGGCGGGAGGCCCGAGUUCGGCUAUUUACAAGUUUCCCGAACUCCCCGCCCUGUUCCACCCCCUGGCGGCCCCGGAGGCGGGGAGGCGGGGAGGCCGGGGCUCCGGGUCCCUCCUGGUAGCCGCCGCAGGGCUGGGGUGGUGCCGCGCCGCGCGCCCCCAGGUGCAGACGCCGCCCCCGAGACCUCCGGGGCGGGUCCGCGGCGACCCCGCCAGCGGUCCAAAGGGCGCCCGCGCUCCCCGCCGCUGCGUCUCUGCUCCCUGGGCGCUUGAAGGAGCUGCGGGUAAGUGCGGGCUGGGGACUGUUCCCGCUGCCCCGCGGCCGGGGUGGAGAGGAGACCGGUCCCCGGGGAGGGGAGGGGGCGUUGCGGGAGCUUGGGGGCUGAAGCUGGGGCGGGUAGGGGGGGAAGGGGGUGGCAGCGCUGGCGGAGCGGAGGCGGGUCUCACGUGGGCCAGCGCAGAGCCUGCGGAAGGGACGGAUGCGGAUCUCGUUGCUGUCACCUUGAAAGUGACCGAGGAGCUUGACGGUGGACUCCUUACGCCGCCCACCCGGGCCCGACGGUCCCAGCCUUCUCGCUGGGUCCCUUCUCAGCGGAAGCAAGCGGGGCCGAGAAAGCGGGUGGAAUAGGGUUGCUGCAGGUCCCAAGACCCCUCCCCGCGCCUCGCUACUUUCUGCAGCUCGUUUGCACUUUUCACGCUCUAGAAAAAUCCACUCUUA